AUGGGUUUCAUCCCCAUUUUAAGUUGUUUUCCUCCUUGGCAACUUGGAGUCUCCACUUUGGUGGGUGCCACUGCUAGUUCGAUUAGCAAGUGGUGGGAUAAUUACCCGUCAAUACCAGGGAUUGGGUACGUUUUCCUUAAACUGUACCACAAAUGGGUUGGUUGUUUCCCUUGUAUCCAUAAAAACAACCACUUUAGGAUUUUUUGGCAUAAGUAUAAGGCUACUGCUAUCCGGUGCAUCCCGGAUUUCAUUGGAUCUUUUUCCUUUGAAGUGGAUUAUUUCUUAUUGCAUUUGGGUUUGAUCCCCAUUAGUAGGUGCUUUUAUCCUAGGCAACUAGGAUUCUCCACUUAUGUGGGUGCCACUGCUAGUUCGAUUAGCAAGUGGUGGGAUAUUCACCCGGCAAUACACGGGAUUGGGUACGUUAACCUUAGACUGUACCACUUACAGGUUGGUUGUUUCCUUUGUUACCAUAAAAACAACCACACUUGGAGCUUUAUGGAUCCUUUUUUGCUUAUUGCUGUCUGGUUUAUCCCAGAUUUCAUUGGAAUCUUUUCCUUUGAAGUGGUCAAUUUUUUAAAGCAAAUGGGUUUGAUCCCCGUUAGUUGGAAAUUUCUUCCUAGGCAACUAGGAAUCUCCACUUUAGUGGGUGCCACUGCUAGUUCGAUUAGCAAGUGGUGGGAUAUUUACCCGGCAAUACACUGGAUUGGAGGUUGGGAUUUUAUCCAAGGGCAGUUUCGGAAUUCUUGGAUUAUUAUUUUGGAAGAAUUAUUGAAGAGUAAUUGGCUUAGUUUGGGCAACAAAGAAGUUGAAGACAAUCUGAAGAAGAUUUGGAAAUGUUGGGAUUUGUUGGAAAAUAAUGGUUUUAGCAUCAUACUCUCUCGGGUUUUGAAGAAUCUCUUUUGGAGCUUAUUGGAUUCUAAAGUGAAGAUUGGAAAGAAGGUUAUCAAUUAUCUUGUGGAGAAGAUUGGGAAGAAUUGCAUGAAGAAUAUUGUUCAAAGUUCAAAGUUAAUUGCUAUUUUCGGUUUUAGUUUCGUGUGGAGAUAUUUGCAAACUAUUGUAGUUUUGAAUGAUUUGGCCAAUGAUUCUCUUGAGUUGGAUGUUCCUUGGAAGCAUUGGAAGACUAAUAUUAUUCAAACCUUGGACUAUUUGUUUGAAUAUGAGGCCAUCUUUAGGGGUUUGACUUGGAGGAAGAUUGGAAGCUAUAUGAAGAUUGAAGACCUUGAAGAUUUCGUUAAUUGGAAGGUUGUUAAUUUUGAUUUUAUUGUGUUUUUCUUUGUUAGUUAUAUUUGGUUUCACUCCUUGUGUUGGAGUUGGACAUGGAAGUGGAUCGGUUGGAAUUUCUCUCUCGGUUUUCCAGUUUUGGUGAGUGGCUUGGUUGGGAUUCUGGUGAUCGGAUCUCUUGCCGGUGCCGGAAUUUCAUCAUCGUUGAUUGAAUUCAAUUUAAAACGAGUUCCAAUUGUUUAUACGAUUGGUGAUCGGAUGUUCUGGAAAAUUGGAAGUAUGUUUGGCAUGAAUUACAAAGAUCCACCUGAUCCAGCUAACAAAAAUCUAUAUGAAGAUGAUCUGGAAGCUGAUGUUGGAGCUAAACGAAGAGGAAGAAGAGCUAUGCACAAGGAAUUUUCUCCGUAUUCAAUGAUUAAACCAUUACGAUCAAAAGAAAAAAUGGAAGCUAAAAUUAAUCGGUUAAGGGAAGAAAAGAAGUAUCUGAAUACGAAAUCUAUUGCUGAUGGAUCGAAAGAAGUUCUUCGAGCUGGAGUACGUGAAAUAAUAAAAUCAAACUAUGGAAAAGAAAAUAUAGAUCCGCAAUUUAUAAAAUCGGAGUUGGAGGCGUUCGAUAAGGUGAUCGCUAAUCAGAAAAAAUUGGAAGAAGAAAAAGGAUUUGUGUUGCUCCAGGUAACCUCAGAUAUGGUUAAGGGAUAUAAUUCUUCUAAGAAUUUGGUGGGUGGAUCAUCUCCUUCGUCUCCUGUUAUUCAAGCGAACAUGGGAAUGGAUGCUGGAACUGUAACUGGGUCGAACAAUAGAAUUUCAGCUGGAACAAAGAAUGACAAAGGCAAUUUGGUUGAUGAGUCAAAGGUUACUAAGGACUUCAUUUCUUCGAAAUUAAUGAAGAUGGGUUCGUCUGCUUCAGGCCCUGGUUCGUCUUCUUCAGGUCCUGGUCCUGUAAUUGAAACAAAUGAUGGGAAGGGCAUUUUGGGAAAGUUUCCUGUUUCGCAAGAUGUUUCAGUUAAUUCAGGUAUUCCUGUGGUCUUUAAUGCUAAUCCUAUUGACCCAAUUAGUUGUAAUACUAAUUGUAAUGAUGAAGAUAUGAAAGAUUCUAUUAAUGAGAAUGGGAAUUUGGAAGUUGAUUAUGGUAAUAAUAUGAAGAAAGAACAGGGAGCUAAUUUCUUGAAUAUGGAUUUUUCGAAACCUGUCCUUUCCCCUGCAGCUAAGUUGGUUAAUGAGUUCAAUAAAAAAUCUUAUGAUCGUAUGGUUGAAUCAACAAAUAAUGUGGUGGAUCUUAAUAUCAAAGUUAUUCCAAAAGUUGAUGGGAAACCUAGUGGGAAAGUUGAGUUACCUUAUGCAGAUUUAAUGUUGGGUGGUGCUCCUUAUCAUGCUACUUUGUAUGGAUUUUUUGUGGGGAAAAAGCUUGCUUUCCCAACAGUUAAUCAUUUUUCUUUUAAGAUGUGGAAGAUGUAUGGGCUGAAGGAUAUAAUGGUGAAUGAUGAGGGAUUUUUUUUCUUCAAGUUUGAUUCAAAAGAAGGAAUGAUGAGUGUGCUGGAGGGAGGUCCAUGGUUGAUUAACAAUGUCCCAAUGUUUGUUCAAAGAUGGAGGCCAGGUCUAGUUUUGAGUAAACCGCAAAUCAACUCAGUUCCUGUUUGGGUUAAAGUGUUUAAUGUUCCAUUGGAAUAUUGGAACAGCAAAGGAAUUACUUUGAUUGCUAAUGAGAUUGGGAAACCAAUUGCCAUGGAUAAAAUAACGCAAAAAAUGUGUAAUGAGCACUGGGGAAGGCCAACAUUCAUGCGAUUUCUUGUGGAAAUGUCAGCAGAAUCGGAUUGGAUGAAAGAGUUAAGUGUGGUCUCAAUUGAUUUUGGGACAGGAGAAAAAGUUGAAUCAAAGUGUAGGGUAGAGUAUGCGUGGAGACCUGAUGUUUGUAAUCACUGCAAAAUAUAUGGGCAUAAAGAUAGCAAUUGUGGAAUUCUUAAUGGGGCAAAAAAUGAUAAUGGUGCUGAUGUUGCUGUAAACAGAGAAGAGGAUGGGAAAAAAGAUAAAAUUGAUGAUGAUGGGUUCAUUUUAGUCACAAAGAAAAGCAACAAAGGGCAGAAGUUCAACAAUAAAGGUGUGAUUAUUAAUGAAGAAGGGAAAGUGGAUUUAAUUAAGUCCUUGGAGAAAAACACGAAACCUGUUAGUGAAGGAGAUAAAGGUGGCAACAAUGAAGGAAAGUCUAUAGAGGAGGGUGAGCAAAGGAAAAAUAAUAACAAACAAAUUGAAGAAAAAGAAAAGCAAAAAGAAGAUAUGAAAGAAGAACAAAACAGAAAAGGGGCUGAAGGUAGAAAUAAUGGGGGAUAUUAUUCGAAAUUUGCAGUGGGCAAUCUCAAAAAAGAUGGGACGGAGAAAGGGGUAUUUCAGUCAAAAGAGGAUAAAAAUGGGAAAGUGAAUGGUACAGGGGUGUUUAUCCCAAAAGAAAAAAUGGGGAUAAGAGUUAAAAAUGUUAUUGAAAAUUUUAAUGCUAAAAAAGAUGGAAUGCAGGGGAAAAAAGAAGAAAAUCAAAAAAAGGUGUAUGUUCCUAAAAAGCAGGUGGAUUUAAAAGUUAGUUCUAACUUUGACAAAUCAGGUUCUACUUCAGGAAAAGAUAAUCAAGAUGAGAUAUUAUCACAAAACCCCUUUGAUGUGCUUGCUGAUUUGGGAUUAAGGGAUAUGUCUUACUUAGAUGAAAUUGAUCAGGAGAUGAUUUUAACUGGAGGUGGCCAGGAGAUGAACACCGAAAAUUCAAAUGUUGAUCAAUGA